AUGACCACCUCUCAACUCCAUCGCAUUUACCUCUUGACUACUUCAAAGCUAGAGGCUCAGAAGAAUAGCAGAAGCAAAAAAAUGGCACAGGCAGAGCCCAGUUUCAGAGACCAGAGAUGGUGUCUCAAGGGCAAGACCGCCCUUGUCACUGGUGGAACCAAAGGCAUUGGAUAUGUCAUAGUAGAAGAGCUGGCUAGACUUGGGGCGGCAGUGCAUACUUGUUCCCGUAACCAAACAGAGCUCAAUGAAAGAGUAAAAGAAUGGAAACUUAAAGGGUUCAAAGUAACAAGUUCAGUUUGUGACCUCACCUCCAGAUCCCAGAGGGAGAAGCUCAUCGAGACUGUAUCCUCUGUUUUUGGUGGCAAGCUCGACAUCUUGGUAAACAAUGCUGGAACAUGGGUGCUCAAAGACGCUCUACAGUAUACUUUAGAAGAUUACUCGGCUGUAAUGGGUACCAAUGUUGAGCCUCCCUACCAUCUUUGCCAACUUUCACACCCACUUCUGAAAGCAUCAGGAGCUGCAAGUAUUGUGUUCGUAUCCUCCGUCGCUGGUGUCACAGCUCUACCUAACCUUUCAGGCUAUGCAGCAUCCAAAGGAGCAAUCAACCAAUUAACAAAGAACUUGGCUUGUGAAUGGGCAAAGGACCAUAUUCGCUCGAACGCUGUUGCACCGUGGGCUGUCAGGACCCAGGAUAUAACCCCUGAGUCUAUUCGUUCUGGUGGAUAUGACAGCCUAAUUGCUCGAACUCCUCUUCUUCGUAUGGGAGAGCCAAAUGAGGUUUCAUCGGUGGUGGCAUUCCUUUGCCUACCUGCUGCUUCAUACGUCACCGGCCAAGUAAUUUGUGUCGAUGGAGGAUUCACCGUGUCUGGUUUCUAGCGAAUUCAAUGUAUGCAGGCAUCCUCAGCUUGCAGCCAGCUUUUACUUGCUUUGUUAAAGUAAUAAUAAGUUGCUCGUAGUAGUCUAUACUGGGCAAACAAGCAAUAAUUAUUGGUUAUUUUUCUGUUGUUGUAAUUAAUAAGGCUUAUAAGUCUUAUGUUGAAUGUCAUAUACGGCUUUCAGUUCACUUAAAGUACUGUGUAUUUGGAAAAAGCCAAUGCUAUUUAUAUAUAUAUAUAUAUAUAUACUUUCUCCUCUGUCA